UGCCUGUUAACUUUCUCAGCGCUCUCGCCGGCUCGCUCGCUCGUUCGCUCCAUCUCUGUUUAAAGACGCGACGCAAUGGGAGAGGUCGAGAAAGGUGGAAAGAUUUGAUUUUGAACAAGAAAACGAACGGAGAUUCGAGAUAGAAGCGAAUCCGAGCGAAAGGAAAAGGGGGCGGAGAAGAGAGAGGAGAGCGUGGGAGGCGUUUGAUGGCAAUAAUGCUGGGUCGGGAGAGCGUUUUAACAAGGUGGGAAAAGGCCGAGCCUAGCUGUGGGUUUUGAUUUCUUAGCUCCGCGCCUCCGUUCCACUCCCUAAAAGAGCCUCCUUUGCCAAAAGAAGAAGAAGAGGAGGGUAUAGUCAAAAGAAAGUAUUUUUGAGAGAUAAACAGAGGGAGGCAACAAGAGGAAGAGGAUUAGAAAAAGGUAAGGGGAAGAAAGCUGAGAGAAAGAAGAGUGGCAAGCUCUUCUUUCUAUGCCCUUUUCCUUGAAGGAUCGACAAAAGGCCGAAAUAAAAGCAAAAGAUGGCAGAAGAUUGCUGUUCCUUCAAUAAGGGUUUCUUGGUGAUUUUCAAGAUCUUUGUAUCCGAUUAAUGCACUGGCUUGAACAAUCCUCUGUGCCUGUGGACUUCGAAGCAUCUCAUAGCUUGUGGUUUACCCCGAUAUUCUGGCGCCUUGCAUUUGAAAAAAAUAUUUCUUAGAUCAGGAUUUUUUUGGGUGAAUUGUGGUAUGAAUUACUGGUCUGGGAUUCAUUAACUUCCACGGACUUUGCAUGUUCUUCUUCUUCUGGUCAUCAACUAGUUGAGUGAUUUGGGUAGAGAAAAAAACAGUUCUUUUGCUUUGCUACUUUACCUGGUCAUUGAAUUUCUUUUCUUUUGUUUUUUUUUUCUAGAAAUUCGAUCAGGAAAAAUAGCAAAGCAAAAGAUUUGUUUUUUCUCGACCCAAAUCACUCAACUAGCUGAUGAGCUUAUUACAAUUCUUUUGCUUUGCUAUUUUUCCUGGACAUAUUCAUCAAAACAAUUCUUUAACACCUCUGCAUCUCAUUUAUCUUGUACAUUCUUUUCUCCAUUCAAUAAAUUCUGUGGGGGGAAGUUCCUCACUUCCUCCAGUUUACAGUCAAAAAAAAAAAAAAAACAAGGAAGUUUGAUCAGUUCAAGUUUUCCUUACUGAUUAAUUCAUUGGUUUGGACCUCCUAUACCAUGUGGUUUCCCUUUUGUUUUCUUUGCGUGGCAUUCAAAAUAUCAUAACUGAGCUUAUUACUAUCUCGGCAUCAGGUAGAGCAAAUAUGAAACCUUCUUGUGUGCCUAUCAAGUUCCUCGCAUGCUAAGUGAAAUCUUUGUUAGAAUUAUAUUUACAUUUGUAUCUGGUCGCAAUGGGACUACCAGGGCAUUUGCUUAGCUAUGUUUCCUCGCAUCACUUACCAUAUUAAAUACUUGCUUUCCUUUCAUCUCAAACAGGACUCACUCAAUAUAAAGCCUCCAAAGAAAUCACCGCUUGUAUUGAGGACGGUUGUCUUAGUUGCUGUUAUGAUCUGUGUUGUUUAUAUUUUCUCUGUGUGUUUAGAGCUAAUAGGGAAUCACAGAGAGCCUAGAAUAAUAAAGAUUGAACUAGCAGAACAGCCUUGUCAUAAUCCUGGUAUUCCACAAGCUGAGAUUCCUUAUGUGCACUAUCCGGAACCUUCCACUUAUAGCAGGGAAGAAUGUGCAUGCACACCAGUUCGAUACUUCGCUAUAUUGUCAAUGCAGAGGUCCGGAAGCGGAUGGUUUGAGACUUUAUUAAAUAGCCAUAUUAACAUUAGCUCUAAUGGGGAAAUAUUUUCUGCCAAAGAAAGGAGAAGUAAUAUAUCCGCUAUCACAAAGACAUUGGAUAAAGUUUACAAUCUAGAUUGGUACAGUAGUGCUUCAAAAAAUGAAUGCACAGCUGCCAUUGGCUUUAAGUGGAUGCUUAAUCAGGGUCUUAUGACAUAUCAUGAAGAAAUAGUUAAUUACUUCAAGAUAAGAGGGGUCUCUGCAAUAUUCCUCUUUAGAAGAAACUUGCUUCGCCAGAUGGUUUCAAUACUAGCGAACAAUCAUGAUCGAAGUACCAAGCAGUUAAAUGGCACACAUAAAGCUCAUGUGCACUCGAAAGAUGAGGCUUAUGUGCUUGCACGAUACAAGCCUAUAAUCGAUGCAACAUCAUUGGUUCCAAAUUUAAGAAACACAAGAGAGUCGGCCUCCAAUAUUCUCAGAUACUUUAAGAGCACACGCCAUAUUGUUCUCUACUAUGAGGAUCUCAUUCAGAACCAUAAUAAAAUGGUGGAUAUUCUGGACUUCCUUAAAGUGCCUCGGAGAAAGCUGGUCAGUCGUCAUGUAAAAAUACACACAAGGCCAUUGUCGGAGCAGGUUCAGAAAUGGAAUGAUGUCUACCAUGCCCUUAAAGGAACUCAAUAUGAGAAAUUCUUGACUGCUGACUACGAAAUGUAGAGCGUGACCAUGAGCUCAGUAUGUGUAAAUAACUUCCUCUCUUUUCUACCCCUUCCAGUGUCUGGCUUUGUUUAUUCAAUCUUAAGCCAGAAAGUUUUGGCCGUGGAAAUAGCAUUUGAUGCUAAAAGAAUUAUUCCGAAAGCUUUCCCAAGUUUUUGGCUUCCCCAAGAAGAUCAUUCAAGGUAUACAAAGUUGGUCCUAUACACGGAUUGUUCUUGUUUUCAUGUUGUGUUGGCAAAUUAUCAUUCUUGAUCAUUUUUUCGCUUGGUACCGGUCAUUGAUAGCAAUGUACUUAAGAUGUGAUGAUCUUGUUUAAAGUAGAUGGGUUGGUUACAAUGAGAUCUGCUUGCAAGGAA